AUGGCUUUAAUGAAUGGCUUGGUUGAUUCUGAUUUCAAACGGUACCUUACAAGGAAAAACCUGCCGACAUUAGCAGCGGCGUUUAGUAAAGCUCAUGAUUACAUUAAGAGUGAAGAAUUGAUGAAGACAAGUAGCAGACAUGUAGUUGCCGGAAAGGGGCAAAGCCAGUAUGAAGGGACAUCGUCUGGAGGAAAUAGGCCGAAACCUCCUGCCCCAGGAAGGGGAGGAGGAAGCCGACAAGAUUCGAGACCAACAAGGCUGCCAAUGAAAUAUAGCACUUACACUCCCCUGAAUACACCAAGGGCAGCAAUCUACUCAGUGAAUCAGAAUGGAGAAGAUUGGUCAAGGCCGAUUCCCAUGAAGGAUAACAUUGAGGAGUUGAUCAGAAAAGGGCAUUUGACACAAUAUCGGCUGAACACAAGCAGGAAUCAACAACCACCGUUGUCUACUGGAAGGGUAGAUGUGAUAACAGGGGGACCGAUUCAUGGAGGGACAAUUAGUGGAGCAAAGAAGCAUUUGGCUGAGCAUCGUCACCUAGUUUGCGCCUUGGAUGUGGAAAAUCGUCCUCGGCCAGCAUCAAUACCUCAGGUAGUGUUCACAGAAGAAGAUGCAAGGGGUGUAGUGUUCCCACAUGAUGACCCGUUAGUCCUAAUAACUAAGAUAAACGGGGCUGACAUCAAAAGAGUGCUGGUGGAUGGAGGUAGUUCAGCAAAUGUGUUGUUUGUGCAAGCUUUUAAUGAGAUGAAUAUAGGAAGGCAGUACCUGAAACCGGUAUCAUAUCCCGUAAUCGGGUUCAAUGGAUCAACAGUGAGACCGGAAGGGAGCGUUGUGUUACCGGUUAAGCUGGGUGAUGGGCCACAAGCAAGAGAUGUGAUGGCAGAGUUUCUGGUGGUGGAUGUUAAGUCAGCCUACAACGCAAUUAUCGGCAGACCGAUAAUACAUGAUAUGCAGGUCGUUGUAUCAACUUACUAUCUAGCAAUAGCUUAUGUGUCAAAUUUAGGAGCUGUGGAGAAGGUGUAUGGAGGUCAGGUGAUGUCAAAGCUUGUUACGUGA